AUGGCCGAGACUGCGACGGCGCCUACUGAGACUCUGAAGAUCAGCGAUGGCACCACCAUGCAGAUCGCAAGACUCCCGGACAUUGACGACAACACCUGGGCAGAGGUGAAGGCCUAUGUGGAAGGCAAUCCGGAGACCGCAAAGGCCUUGCAGAGCUUCGCCAAAAACCCGGAAGCCAUGCGAGGCUGGUUGCAGACUCAGGCCAUCGCCGAGCACUACAACACGAAGCUCUCGAACGGCGACGCCCCCGUGGCGGACCGCGUGAAGUCCCUGGAGAAGGACCCUGAGCUGGCCAGCGUCUUUGAGGACAUCAAGAAGAACGGCAUGGAGGCUGCCAUGAAGUACUACCAGGACGAGGAGUUGAUGCUGAAAAUAAGUCAGAAGAUGGGCGGUCUUCCGUCAGAGCUGCAGCCGGUCCUGAAGAAGAUUGACGAGACCGCGCUGACCCUGCAUGAGGCGGCCAAGAACGGAGAUUUGAAGGCUGUGCAGGACUUCCUGGACAAGAAGAAGCCGCUCGACUCCCAGGACCACAAGGGCAUCACCGCUCUUGGCUACGCGAUUGGAGCCAACCGGAUAGCUGUUGUGAAGCUUCUUUUGGACAGCCGUGCCAAUCCUUAUGCAGUGGACAGCUCUGGCAACAGCGGCCUGCACUACGCAGCUGGCUACGGACGCAAGGAGCUGCUGGAGUACCUCCUCAAAGUUGGAGCCAAUGUCUCCCAGCCCAACUCCCAGGGCCAAACGCCGCUGGCCGUCGCAACCCAGAAUCGCCAGGAGAGCUGCAUCCAGAUCCUCCAGGCCCGGUAUGUGCUUAUGCACACCCGCGCACGUGGCACAUGGGCAUAUUUAUCUGUCCGAAGAAUGAUCAACCUUCGGUACGCAUGCAUCGAUGUUGGUGUAUGUGCAUGCUGUGUGCAUGCAUCGACCUGCGUAUGCAGCUGUACAUGUACAUGUGCAGGCGUAGAUGUACAAAUGCACACAGGUAGUACCAGUAAUAAGAUCCGGUAA